GUAGAACGAGUCCGCCGAGACUCCGCCCCCUCCCGGGCCCGACGCGAGCACGUUGGGUAGCCGGGGCCGGUUGAAAAGCCGCCCGAAUCUGCCGCGGCUCCCGGGGCUAGAAGCACACUUAGAGCCGCGGUGGCGGUUAAGAGGCGUCUCUGUGGCUGGAGUGCGGCCCCUGGGGGUGGAGGGGCCGGGUGGGCCGAGAAGAACUCGGCGGCCUGGCCCGCCGCCCUUCCCCCCAACGCCCGUCGACCUUGCGGGCGGAAGCUUCCUGGAGCACCUCACGCCCGCGCGAUGGCGACUGCUGCGGAGACCGAGGCCUCUUCGACGGACGCGAGCUGGGAAAGCGGUGGCUGCGGCGGCGGAGACGACGGGAUGAAGCCAGCGCUUCCGGAGCUUGAGUCCUCCCUACAAAAUGGCGGCGGCGGCGGCUUCACCACCGCGGAGCUCGGCGGCGGCGCGGGGCCUGAGGAGACCGUGGCAGCCGAAGCCUCCCGGAGCCACGGCCACGAGCAGCCUCAGGACACGUCCGAGGCGGCCGCGGCCGCUCUGCCCAAAGGCGCCGAAGAGCCGGAAAGGCCUUUUAGGCGGAUUUUUCAGAUCCCCAGGAAGAGCAGAGAAAAGAAAGCUCUUUUCCAGUCAUUAACUCCAGGCUCUCGAGAAUUUGAAGAUGUUUUAAAUAUUCUCCAUUCAUCUUACCUUGAACCAUCCUCAGCAACAAAUUUUAACUAUAGACGAGCUUGCUUGAUACAUAAUGAACUUCUGGAAAAAGAGUUUACAGAAAAGAGAAGAGAAUUGAAGUUUGAUGGUCGUUUAGAUAAGGAACUUUCAGAAUCUUAUGCAUUUCUUAUGGUUGAUCGGUACCAGGUUCAGAGCAUAUGUGAAAAAGGAUUGCAUGUGGGCCAGUCCAAAAUAACAGUUCUUGGCAGCCCUUCCAUGGGUAUCUACCUUUGUAGGUAUGCAGAUCUCUUACAGGCUAAUCCUUUGGAAGCUGGGGCAGUAGGCGAUGUUGUUAUUUUUAAAAUAAUGAAGGGUAAAAUAAAGAGUAUUUAUGAUCCUCUGACUGUAAAAAGCUUGGAAUCCAUGUUAAGUAAAAAUGUUUUGGAUCCUACACCUAAGCAUGAAUGUCAUGUGUCUAAAAAUGCCAGUAGAAUUACAUCCCUUUUGGCAUAUAGAGCCUAUGAACUUACUCAGUAUUAUUUUUAUGAGUAUGGUUUUGAUGAAGUAAGACGAAGACCAAGACAUGUUUGUCCAUAUGCAGUUGUGUCUUUUACUUACAAAGAUGAUGUACAAACUCCAAAGUUUGUGUCUUCAUUGAGAUCUAACAGCUUUAAUGCAGAUAGAAACAUAGAUAAGUUUAACUAUACCUUGUGGAAAGGACAACUUUUAAAUAAAGGAAAGCUUCUGUGUUAUAUUUCUUUGAGGUCAGCCAAUCGUGCCUUUUUACCUGUCAAGCUUCCUGAGAAGUUAGAUGUUGAAACAGUUAUGAGUAUUGAUUGUUUGAAACAGAAAAUUCCUCCUUCAUUUUUUUAUAAAGACACAUACGUGGGUCCUAAUGAAGUUUUAAAGAAUGGGAUGUAUUGUAGCCUUUAUGAAGUUGUAGAAAAGACAAGAAUUGGAAGUAACAUGGAGUGUUUACUGCAAAAACUGGAGAAAGAAAAACUUGUUCUUGUUAAACCUUUAGGAGACCGAGGAUACCUUUUUCUUCUUUCUCCUUUCCAGAUGGUUUCUCCAUAUGAACAUCAGACUGUCAAGUCACGAAUUCUGCAUGCUUUGUUUCUGUUUCAAGAACCUAGAUGCCUAAUUAUCACACAAAAAGGUAUAACGAAUACAACACCACUGGAGAGGCAUGAGAACUUACCAGAUAUAUUAAAAAUAACUCAGUUUUUACAGUUUUCUCUGAUUCAAUGUAGAAAAGAAUUCAAAACUAUAAACACUAUACAUUUUUAUUCUGUUGUUGAAAAGUAUGUAAGUGAAUUUUUUCAGCGAGGUUUUGGUUCGGGUAAGCGAGAGUUUUUUAUGUUUUCAUAUGAUUCACGAUUAGAUGAUAGAAAAUUUCUAUACUCAGCACCAAGAAAUAAAUCCCACAUUGAUGACUGCUUACAUACCUAUAUUUAUCAGCCAGAAAUGUAUCAGUUACCUAUUUUUAAAUUAAAAGAGUUAUUUGAAGAAAAUCAGAGACGUCAACAAUUUAGUCCACUUUCAGAUUAUGAAGGUCAAGAAGAAGAACUGAAUGGUUCAAAACUGAAAUUUGGAAAACGGAAUAAUUCAAGGGAUGAAACUACUGAACCUGGACAGCAAAAGUCAUCUCAUUCUUUGGAUUAUGAUAAGGAUAGAGUCAAAGAAUUGAUUAAUUUAAUUCAAUGUACGAAAAAAAAUGUGGGUGGGGAUCCAGAUACAGAAGAUACAAAAAGCAAAACUGUCUUGAAGAGGAAGCUUGAAGAUCUACCUGAAAAUAUGAGAAAGUUUGCCAAAACAAAUAAUUCCUCUGAAAAUCAUCAUCUGUAUGAAGAAUCUCCACAGUCCACUGGCUUACUUGGACAUGAUCCUAACUUGAGACUGCAGCAGGAAGAUGCAUGCAACACUGGAGACAUCCACAAGCUUUAUAAUUGGCUUUCGGAAGCACUAGCAAAUGCACGACACUCAGAUGGAUUCCUGACAGAUACAGUCAACAAGGCCUUAGGAUUGAGUAGCAGUGGUUCCUAUGAAGAGCUAAAGCAAAAGUGUGAUUAUGAGUUGAACCCUACUUUAGAUAAAAAAGAAUGUGAGCAGCCUGCUUGUACAAAAAUUGAAAAUGUGCAUUUUAAGGAUGCUCAGAGCCCAUUGCUAGAAGUUGAUGCAGCAGCAUCUGUUAAGUAUCCUACUCUUCUAUCUAGCAGUGAGGAUCUGAAUUUAAUUAAUGUCAAUAAUUUUGAAGAGUGCAGUCUCUGUCCCACUGUUUCCAUUGAGCGUGGAUUCCUUAGACAAAAUUCUAAGUCAAAUGAUGAUGAAGAGACAGAAAUACAUUGGAAAUUGAUUCCAAUUACAGGAGGGAAUGCAGGAAGCCCAGAAGACCAGCAUGGGAAACAUGGUGAGAAACAAGCACCAGGAAUGAAAUCACCAGGAGAACAGCUGGUGUGCCUGCCACCAGCGGAGGCCUUUCCUAAUGAUCCCCGGGUCAUCAAUAGAGAAAGAAGCUGUGAUUACCAGUUUCCAUCCUCUCCAUCUACAGAUACUGUAAAAGGUACCACUGAAGAGGACACAGUAGCAGCUCAGGUGAUGACAGUGGAAGAGCAGUGUGUGCCAGCAGCAGAGCUUCCUACAGUGAGCGAGACUACAGAGAAUACAGUGUUAGCAGAGUUUCAUCUCUUCUCUAGAAAGAUAGAAGCGGUUUUGAAGCAGAAGAAUGUUUCAUAUGUUAGGACAGUUUCCACACCUAUCUUUUCCCCACAAGAGAAGAUGAAUCGCUUUUCUGAGUUUACAUAUUCUAAGACUUCUAAAGCUGGUGUACAGGAAUUUGUAGAUGGUUUGCACGAAAAACUAAGUACUGUUGUUAUUAAAGCAUCAGCUAAGAGUGUGAAUUUGCCAUCAGUAGUAAGCCCUAACCAUUCUCAUACUACAACAGCAUUGAAUUCUCUGGGAAGGCAUGUUGUAUCAAUUUCCUCAAGUGACUUCAACAGUAAAGACUUUUUUGAACCACUCUGUUCUGAACAUUUAAAAGAUAACAGCUCUAAAGAACAGUAUUCCUCUUCAAUGGAAGUAGAAAUGAAUCAGCUGCACCACUGCAAAGAGUUAAUAUUGACUUCUGAUCACACUGUACCUGGUGAUACUGUCCUGGAACCCACAGAAAAAGAAAUAACAAAAUCACCCAAUGAUAUAACCAUUUCUGCACAACCAGCACUUUCAAAUUUUAUAAGCCAGUUAGAACCUGAAGUAUUUAAUAGUUUGGUUAAAAUCAUGAAAGAUGUCCAGAAAAAUACUGUGAAAUUUUACAUUCAUGAAGAAGAGGAGAGUGUGCUUUGCAAAGAAAUAAAGGAGUAUCUUACCAAAUUAGGCAAUACAGAAUGUCAUCCGGAUCAGUUUUUGGAAAGAAGAUCAAACUUGGAUAAACUAUUGAUUAUUAUUCAAAAUGAAGACAUUGCAGGUUUCAUUCACAAGGUACCUGGCUUGGUGACUUUAAAGAAGCUCCCAUGUGUUAGUUUUGCUGGUGUUGAUAGUCUGGAUGAUGUUAAAAAUCAUACAUACAAUGAGUUAUUUGUAUCGGGUGGCUUUAUUGUAUCUGAUGAAUCAAUUCUAAAUCCAGAGGUUGUCACAAUUGAGAGCCUUAAAAUUUUUUUGACAUUCCUUGAAGAACUUAGUACUCCAGAGGGGAAAUGGCAAUGGAAAAUCCACUGUAAAUUCCAGAAGAAACUAAAGGAACUGGGCCGAAUGAACACAAAAGCUCUAAGUCUGCUGACUCUUCUGAAUGUGUAUCAGAAGAAACAUCUGGUUGAGAUUUUGUCUUAUCACAGCUGUGAUUCACAAACUAGAAAUGCUCCAGAAAUGGACUGCCUUAUUAGGCUUCAGGCUCAGAACAUACAGCAGCGACACAUAGUCUUUCUAACAGAGAAGAAUAUCAAGAUGGUUUCCAGUUAUACAGAUAAUGGAAUUGUAGUUGCAAGUGCUGAAGACUUUAUGGAAAACUUUACAAGUCUUGUGGGCUAUCACAACUCAGUCACAGAAGAAAGUCUGCUGCCGCCGCCACUGCCGCCGCCACCGCCGCCGCCGCCACCACUUGGUGCUAAUGAGAAUCUUGAGUCACAGUCAGCUCUUUUAGAAAACGAUGAAAAGGAUGAAGAGGAUAUGUCUCUGGAUUCAGGGGAUGAAAUCUCACAUAUAGAAGUAUUCAGCAAUGUUCAUUCAGAAAUAUUGGCGAGAGAGACCAAAGGAUCAAGUGGAACAGAUCAAAAAAAGAAUAUUCAAAUUGAAUUGCAGUCAUCUCUUGAUGUGCAAAACAAUUUAUUAGAAGAUAAGACUUAUUUAAUUGAUUGUGAAGAGAGAGCUCCUAUUGAUAGAGUAUGCUCUGAAGGAGAGAACAGCAAUUCAGCAGAACAAGAUUCCUAUAGCGACUUUCAGGCUUACCAAAAUCAAUUAAAAAUGUCCCAUCAGUUUAGUCAUUUUAAUGUUCUCACGCAUCAGACGUUUCUGGGGACACCAUAUGCCCUUUCAUCAACUCAGUCUCAAGAAAAUGAAAAUUACUUUUUAUCUGCUUACAAAAACUUGGAUACAGAGAAAUCUCCAUUAAGUUAAGGAUGUGUUCAAGGAGAAAUUACAGUAAUUUAAAAAAAUAGGUUGUUGUGGACUUUUCAGUUUCUUAAAAGUGAAUUGAUGAGUUAUAAACAAGUUUCUUGGCCUUUCUGAAAUUUUUUUCUUUCCCAUUUAUUUAAAUCAUGAUGGCCCUAUAACAUUUGAAGCAUCUGAAAAUUGAAAUAUAUUUUUUGACAUAUUGUAAUCAGAUUAUCUCAUGUUAGCACCUUUCAGUUUUACAUCUGUUACCUGUACUUGGGCUUCAAAUUGAAGUCUGUUUUAUAUGUAAAAUUUGAUGUUUAUAAAAGAAUGGUAAAUAGUAAUGACUUUCUUUAAUGUCAGAUGAUAACUAAUUUUGCUGAAAUGUCAACUAUUUAUUUUGAUUAAAGCUUUUGUAUAGUGUUUUUACACAGGUAUAAGCCAGCAAUGUAAAUAUUUAUAGGAUUUUGGCUCAGUACCUCAAGCUAUACCUGACAGUACAGUUGCAUUUUAGGUAGUAAACCUAUGUAUAUAUAUAAUACCAAGUAGCAUUUUCUCAGUCUUUAGGUUUAGCUAUGGAAAAAAUUUGCUUCAUUUAAAUUUUGGUCAACUUUUUGAAAUCUUUGAUAAAUUCUAUUUUGUGUGAUCCUUUAGUUAAUGAACUUUUAAAAAUGGGGCUUCUGUUUUCAAUAGUAUUGGAUAAUUUGGAACAGAUCUUGAAGUGGUUUUAAUUAGAACUAGUUGGCACUUUAGUGCUAUACUAAAUGUAUACAAAAAGUAUAUGGUGGAAAUAGAUUUUUAAACCCUCAUCUCUUGCCUAUUCCUCAUGCUAACUUCAAGAUUGUGAAAACUAGAAUCUUUAAUAUGAUAAAACCAAAUUUUACAGAAAAGAAAAACCAGAGUGAAAUGAAUUUGUAUUAUUUCAGUAAGUCUAUCUUUGUGUGUUAAUAGUACUUUUCAUACCCUAAAAGAGCAAUGCUGUUAACAGGUCAGGA